AUGGCAACUGAUUCGCGCUCACCAAAAGUUCUCUGUCUUGAGACCUUUCUCAACGAUCCCUUAUCUAGUAUUCCCGGCCCCUUUCUGGGUAGAAUAUCCAGCCUAUGGCUCUUAAAGCUGGACUCUUCUGGGCGACGGUCCCACACAAUACAUGAACUACACAAGCAGUAUGGACGUGCUGUACGAAUAAGUCCUAGCGAGAUAUCCUUUUCCAGUCGACAAGCAAUGCGCGACAUUUACGGGGCCAACAACAAAUUGGUCAAAGCUCCUGUUUAUGAAGCAUUUGGGCGGCCUAGUUCUUUCACUAUUUGUGACAGAGAUGCCCAUCGUACACGCCAGAAACGCAUCGCGCAUGUGUUUGCGCCGGCCGCUAUUGCCGAUGUUGAGCCUUUGGUCCAUGAACAAGUGGAUAAACUGCUUGCUGUAUUAAACAAGAGGGAUGGACAAUCGAUCGACAUAAUGGAAUGGUUUAGGAUCUUUGCACUUGACGUUGUCGGAGCCGUCUUCCUCGGCCGAAACUUUGGUGGACUAGAAAGUGAGAAGCCUCCCGACAUCCUUCUUGAAUUGGAUCAAGUUUUUCCAUCAUUGUGGGUAGAAUGGCAAUUCUCAUCGAUUCGAUGGCUCCUUCUUGCGAUACCUUACAAACCAUUACACCAUUUCCUGAACGUCGGGCCUAAAUUCUACAAGCAUGGCCGGGACGCUUUUCACCAUUACGUUUCACUCUAUGGUCGCUCUGGUAACCGACGCGAUCUACUCACAAAACUUAUUGCUGGUCACAAAGAUGUUGGACCGUUGAAAGAUGACGAGAUUGUCAAUGAAAUGACAAAUUUGAUCUUUGCGGGUACCGAUACAACCAGCAAUACAUUCUCGUACAUGUUCUACGAAUUAGCCAAAAUGCCCGAGUGGCAGGAUCGGUUGCAGGAAGACCUAGAUUCGAUAUCGUUUGAUGCUGUACCGGACUAUAAAGCUGUCGUAACGCUUCCUGUCCUAGAUGCUUUAGUACAUGAAACUUUGAGAUUUCACCCAGCAGCGCCAGCGAGUCUACAACGAGUUACUCCACCUAGCGGCGUAACAAUAGAUGAGGUGCAAGUUCCCGGGAAUGUAACCGUAUCCUGCCAAUCUUAUACGACGCAGCGCGAUCCGGAUAUUUUUCCCAAUCCCGACACAUUUGAUCCCGCGCGUUGGCUAAAUGCAGACGAAGGUCAUCUCAGAGUCAUGCAUGACCAAAUUCUUGUUUGGGGAAAAGGCCAGCGUUCAUGUCUUGGGAAACCAUUGGCUUAUAUGGAGCUGAAAAUUGGAACGGCUGCGGUCAUGAAACGAUUUCGAUUCGAAAUUGGUAGCCCUGUAACAGACGACGAUAUGGAAAUGACGGAUCAUUUUACCUUGAUCGCGAAAGGUCAAAGGUGUAUUUUGCGCGUCAUUAAGCGAUAG